CUCUCCCUCACUAGACGUAAACAAACAUGGACGUCGAGUUGGAGGAGGUCGCCAAGCUCUUAUUUCAAGACGGGAUUCCAGAUACCUGGAAAGACAACGAGGAAUUUUCAAAUUACAUAGUUCAACUAGCAUCAUGUGGCGUAGAAAAGCUUGGCAAGGAGGGCGGCCACCUGCGGGAGGAGAGAACAGCCAUUCUGGACCAGACAAGGGACUUGGCCUACACCAACUACAAGACCUUCAUUCAUACAGCUGAUUGCUCAAGAACUAUUUUCAAAGAUUUCACCAGUGUUGAGAGUCACUUAGAAGGCUUGUCGUCAUGCCUGCCCAACCUUCGGAAAAGUGUGGACGGAUUUUUGGCCACGUCGCGCAGCUUGGCACAGUCACGGCACCUCACAUCCCUCACGCUGACAAAGCACACGCAAUUGUUGGAGAUCCUGGAGCUACCACAGCUGAUGGACACAUGUGUGAGAAAUAGUUACUAUGAAGAAGCGUUAGAGAUCUUAGCAUACGUGAGAAGGCUGGAGAAGAAACACACAGACAUUCCUAUAAUAGCGAAUAUUGUGAUGGAGGUCCAGGCAGGCACUCGGCUGAUGUUGAGCCAACUUCUGGCACAGUUGCGAUCGCCCUUGGCCCUGCCGCAGUGCCUCAAGGUCAUAGGCCUACUUCGGCGACUUGAUGUGUUCACCGAGCCUGAGCUGAGGCUGAAGUUUCUGCAAGCGAGGGAUUCCUGGUUCAACAGCGUCUUGAAGGGGAUACCCAAGGACGACAGUUAUCAGCACAUCAUUAAGGUUGUAGAAGCAUCACGUGUCCACCUGUUUGAUAUUGUUACACAGUAUCGCGCCAUCUUUUCGGAUGAUGACAUGCGUUUCAGCCUGGGGGACCCGGAGGUCAAUGAGCAAGCCAUUUUCCAUGGGUGGAUUCUGCAUAAGGUAAACCAGUUCAUGAAGAUUGUGGAGAGGGACCUUGAGCGAGGUGUGGGGCCCAACCUGGAGGCUGUCCUGGCCCAGUGCAUGUUCUUCGGUCAGUCCUUCAGCCGCAUUGGGGCCGAUUUCAGGAACCUCCUCAUUCCAUUGUUCCAGAAAGCUGCCCUCCUGCAGUGUGAGAAGGACAUACGCACAGCCAACAUCAAGUUUGAUGAGACCCUCAGUAGCUUUUCACUCAUGGAAGCACCGUUGCUUAGUGCUCCAUCUGCUAUCCAGAUUGAAACGCAGGACAAAACUCGACCCCCUUUGACCCUAAUGGAGUUCCCCCCCUUGGCCCACUACAUGAAUGGACUGGUGGCCAUGUUCAACACCCUUCGCCAAUGCUGCCCUGUGGCCACCCUGCCACAGGUCCUCAGUCUGCUGCAGAAAUCUUUAUCAAAGGUGGUUGCUGCAUUGCUGGAACUCCACCGCCUCGAGAGCUCAGGCUUCACUUCAAAGGAAGAGGCAGCCUUCCAACGCAUGUGCAUGGUCAUGGCGCAGGGUCUGCUACCCCACAUCAAUACAUGCUUGCGCCUGCUCUACCCACUUCAGCAGAUCUCUGUGAUCUCGGGUGUGUCAGUUACACAGCUGCAGAGGGAGAACUUUGGGCAGUUAGAUAUUGAGGAACUCCUGGCUCCCAUUGAACACCUCUUGCCGAAGAAGGAAGAAAAGGAGCUGUCGGAGGAGAUGCUUUACAGCACUCAUCUAGAGCAGACAUCAGCCUCUCCUGAUGUUACAGCUGAUGCCUCACUUGAGCCUGCACAAGGAGAGCAGCAGCAGCAGCAGGAAUCGACAAUCUCUUUGGAAGAGAGCACACAGCCCUUGACCUCAUCAGAAAUAGUUGGGGAGUCACCAAUCAUGGGGACAGAGAGUGAUAUAGUGUCUCCCGGCACAGAUCAGCUGCUUUUGGAUUCAGCUCUAACACAUUCCGUUUCAGCAGAAACAAAUCAAACGACGGAUUUCUCACUCCUAGAAACCACACCACCACCACCACCACUAACGGUUGCUGAAGGAGCAGAAUUAUUAAAAGAGGGAUUGUCCAAUUUAGAAAUUACAAGUAAACCUCAGUUUUACAUUGAAUCAUCGUCCGAGUUAGGAACUCCAUCAGAAUCUUCUUUUCAGGGUUCAGAAACGGCCUCAAACCAAGAGGCAUAAUAGACAGUUCUAACGAUGUAGAGAAUGUCUCAUUGCUUUUAUAUAUAAUUUUUUUUGCAAAUCUUAUACAUUUAAUAGGGGGGGGGUCAUUAAAUGCUUUUUCUUUGUGUGGGUAGGUAAAAUUGCAGUUUCGUCAGACAAAGUAAUUUGUUGAAGUGAUAUAUUCCAUAUAAUGUUGACAGGUUAGACAGAAACCUGUCAUUUUUGCAAUCUAAAAGCAAAAAUGUAAAGCCCAUUAGGAGUGGAACUGUGACGUGGGAGGCAUUAUAUACUUUACAAUUUUUUUUAUUUACUAUAUAGUGUUAUUUAUUGUUGACUUUGUUGUAAAUGGAUUAUUAAAAUAUUUAUUACAUUUA